AUGACGUUGCUGAGCUUUGCCGCCGUUCUGAUCUUUUUGAUAACAAAUUUGAUCGAAAGUGGUGGCUCACAGCAACCCAGUGUAGCCCAGCAAAUUGACGACUAUCGGAAGCACUGCGUUGAAAUUAGCGACGUCAGCGUGGAAUCGGCCAUCAAAGUACACACAGGACAAACGAUUGACAAUCCGGACUGGUCGACCAAGCGCUACGUGCAGUGCUUCUUCGAGAAAAUGCAAUUUAUGGACGAAAACGGCGUAAUGCUGAAGGAUGCCGUGGUGGAGUUCUUCGGUAAGGUGCAAGGUCAAGAAACGGCAAAGGCUAUGGUUGACAAUUGCGACAUCCGAAGGGAGGAUCCGCUGGAUACGGCCUAUGAUGUGCUGGUUUGCUAUCAAAGGAACAAGAGCGGUUGAAUUUGACUCAAUAUGUGAUUUUUCUGUGAU